GCAUUAUGUGUUUGACGGUAGGUUGUUGUUGUUGUUGAUCGAUACAUCUGUUUUUAGAAGGUUUUUAGAGUGACCUAUGGAGAAGCAGUUCUGGUCAGAGAUGCUGCGAAGUGAGAGUAGUCAUGAAACAGAAGUGCUGUAACAAAGAUGGCGGCGUAGCAGCGCUACUUAGCAUAGCUGUAGCUCAAGCUGCUAUCAUAAAUAACUCAAGCGAUUGAAAACGUUAACUAGUUUCACUGAUGAUAAGCAGCCUGUCUGUGAAGAAUAAGCCUUAAGCCUUAGCGUUCGCUAAACGGACGUUGUUGAAAAAGGCAGACAUAAACCACAUUGUGGAACUUUUGGCUCGAGAGGCAAUGAGGAAAAUCCAAACAAUGGUCUCACAGCUCAUCUCUCUUCUGCAUAAAGAGAGUGUGAGUCAGAACGCCAGAGUGGAGACGUUGGAGUGUGACCUGAAAAUGGUAACCGAGAGUUUGGAAACCGCCACACAGUGGAGAGAGAGUGUUCUCAGCGGUUGUCCAGUCCUGUUUGAGCACACCGGUUUGGUUUAUACAUUGAAGCCUUUCGGGAAGUUGUCAAGAACAACAGAGGAAUCUGUGAAGAGGGAUCCAGAAUCGUCAUCUGCUGGUGCAGGACUGGAGCUUCACAGUGCAUGUGCAGAGAAUUUCACCACAACCUUGCAGAGUCAAAGUACUGAUGGUCCACAGACCGUCCUGAAGAAAGGGAAAACCUUUGUGUGUGAGCUCUGCAACAAGAGUUUCAGCCGACAGUUUCACUUGACAACGCACAUGAACACCCACAACCAGCCGCUGACCUGCAGCCAGUGCUCCCGGCAGUUUAAGAGUGCCGCCGUGUUUGAGGCUCACCUGCUGCGCCACGAGGAGAAGCGUGAGGAAACAUUCAAAUGUGACCUCUGCGAGAAGACCUUCAAGACCAAGGCGACCUUCAAGACUCACCGUGUUGCCCAUAACGAAGCGAGACCGUUCGUCUGCCCCACCUGCAGGAAGGGCUUCAAAACGAAACAGACUCUGCAGGCUCACCUGGUGGUGCACAGCGAAGAGAAGCCACACAAGUGCGGCGACUGCGGUGAGAGUUUUAGACACGCCGUCUCGCUGCGGUGUCACAGAAGCAUUCACACUGGUGAGCAGCCGCACACCUGCGGCGAGUGUGGCAAAACUUUCAGGAAGAGGAGAUCGCUCCGGACGCAUCAGUCUGUCCACCGAGGGAAGACGUUCACGUGUGACACCUGCGGGGCAGGAUUCACCCUCCGUCACAACCUGAAGAGGCACAUGCGCAUCCACACAGGUGAGAGGCCAUUCCAGUGCAAAGUCUGUGGCAAAGCCUUCAUACAGGACAAUAAGCUGAAGGCUCACAUGCUCCUUCAUGGAGCUUCCAAGUCCUUUAUGUGCGACCUGUGUGGGAAGACUUUUCUGUAUAACUGCCAGCUGCAGAAACACCAGAGUGCUGUUCAUGACGAGGCCAACGGGCAGGUGAUCAGAAGACGAGCUGGUGGGCAAACUAACCGUAGGGUCAUCUACCGCCGGGACAAAACGACAGUGGAAGUGACAGCGUUCAGCUGCAAGACCUGUCGCAAAGGAUUCCACUCGGCCAGCUCGCUGAAGAGGCACGAGCUGGUCCACGUUGCUCGGCUGCGGUACCACUGUGACACCUGUGGCAAGUCCUUCCUCUACAAAGCCACCUUUGACUACCACCGGAGGACUCACUCAGGGGAGAAACCGUUCGGUUGUGACGUGUGUGGCAAGCGGUUCAUCAUCCUUCACGCCCUGAAGUCACACCAACUCCAACACACCGGAGAGAAGCCUCACCGGUGCGAGCACUGUGGGAAGGCCUUCAGGAUCUACACCAACUACCUGAGGCACCUGCGGAUCCACACCGGAGAGAAACCGUACGAGUGCGAGGUCUGUGGGGUUCGGUUCCGGCAGCUCGGGCACGUAAAGUUCCACAUGCAGGUUCACACGGGGGAAAGACCGUACGCAUGCAGCGAAUGUGGAGGCAAAUUUUCUGACUCGAGGCUGCUAAAGAAACAUGUCUGCUCAGUCUUGUCAUCCUCAAUUUAAGGAAAGGCUUUCCAGUCAUGCGACAAUGGACUUGGAGAGGACAGGUGUGACUGGCACUGUGAUCAAGAUGAUUUACCUUAUCAGUUCUGCAACUGUUUUAGAAAAAGUGCUGAACACAU